ACUUCCCAUGAUGCUGUGUUUCCUUGAAGGAAACAGCGCGACGGCGCGUGGCAUGCGAGCGAGCCCCUCCUCUCCUUUGCCUCCGCGGGCUCCUUUCUUAUUCGCCUUCCGCCUCCUGUCUGUUUAGGUGCGGUUCCUUUGGGCUUCCGUAGCCCUGCCCCCAACCUCCGCUUGCGAGACUUCUCUCCCAGCAUCCAUUGCGCGCGCGCGUCCCCCGUUCUUCCCGCCCCCCUUCCCCUCUGCACUUUCCAUUCCACCUCAGGCCUCGGCUUAAUGGGCUCUGACCCACGCGCGCCAUUUCCCUCCUGCUGAGAGCAGGAGCAGCUCCCUCCGGGCCUUCCCCUCCCCGCACCCGCGCUGGUGUGCGCUUUUCUUUGUCCCGCCCACACCGUCCCGUCGGCUGCGGCUCCUCACGGUGGCGGCGAGGCUGACUUUCGACCAGCCCCUGUCCCCUUCCCGGUAGGCCCGGCCUUCACACACACUUCUUCGCUCGCUUUUCGCCAACGGUUUCGCGCAACUCGCGUCGGAGCCGGAAGGGCAGGCUCGCCGGAGCCGGGCCCGCCGAAGGGGAGGCGAUGUCUGGCGGGGAAUCGGCAGCCGCCGCGGCCUCCCCUCAACCGCUCCCCUUCUCCCUGCCCAAACCACCUCCCCUUAUGCAGCUCAACCCCGGCGAAGGCGUCCGCCCUGUGGUGGCCGCCGGUCCGGAACAGUCGCCGAAGAGCGCCCGCAUGGGAGGCCGACCGGAUUGGCCGCCCGGGAAGCCCGUCAGCCUCUUGGCUCCUCUCCUCCCUCCGCGAGGGGAGCCCGAACCUCUGUUGCCCUUCGGGCCGUCCUCCCGCCAGCCGCUCAGGGGGAGAAUGCUCGGCAGGUGCGGCGGGGGAGGCGGCGGGAGCCUCCUGAAUCCUUCGAUGCGACCAGGCGGUGGAGGAGGCGGCGGCGGCGGCGGCGGCGGUGGCGGCGGCAUGGGCCGAGAGUCCCUCAUGAUGGGACAUCCUGGCAUGCCUCACUACCCACCCAUGGGCAUGCAUCCUAUGGGCCAAAGGCCGCCUAAUAUGCCUCCAGUGUCUCAUGGAAUGAUGCCUCAGAUGAUGCCUCCAAUGGGAGGACCACAAAUGGGGCAGAUGUCUGGAAUGAUGCAAUCAGUGAUGCCUGGAAUGAUGGCGCCACAUAUGUCUCAUGCUCCCAUGCAGCCUCCAGGACCGCAAAUGCUAUCAAAAUGUCCAUGGAAGGAGUAUAAAUCUGAUUCUGGAAAGCCUUACUACUACAACUCCCAGACAAAAGAAUCACGUUGGGCAAAACCCAAAGAACUUGAAGACCUUGAAGCAAUGAUUAAAGCAGAAGAAAACAGUGGUAAACCAGAAGAAUCGGUUCCAACAUCUGCUGCAGCUGUUGCACCAGGAGUUCCAAAUGCUGGCACCACUGUUCCUGAAACUCCUGCAGCUGCACCAUCAGCCCCCAGCGCUCCUGCUGUUGCAUCAGCUCCUGAAGCUGAGGCGCCUUCUGUUGCUACUGUUGUGGAAAAUGAAAAUAGAGUCGCUGCUUCAACUGAUGAGCAGGUACAGCCGCCUGCUCCUGUUGUACAGGAACAAAUGGCAGAAGUUGUCACAAAUUCUGUAGAAGAAGCUCCUAAACAGGAAUCCUCAGAUGUCACCCCCAAAAAAGAAGAAGAAGAUGCUCAACCUGUUAAAAAAACCUAUACCUGGAAUACAAAAGAAGAAGCGAAGCAAGCAUUUAAAGAACUAUUGAAAGAAAAGCGUGUGCCGUCCAAUGCCUCUUGGGAACAAGCUAUGAAAAUGAUAAUUAAUGAUCCAAGAUACAGUGCUUUGGCAAAGCUAAGUGAGAAAAAACAAGCAUUUAAUGCUUACAAGGUCCAGACAGAGAAAGAAGAAAAAGAAGAAGCAAGAUUAAAAUAUAAAGAAGCAAAAGAGUCUUUUCAGCGUUUCCUUGAAAACCAUGAGAAGAUGACAUCCACAACCAGAUACAAAAAAGCUGAACAAAUGUUUGGGGAAAUGGAGGUCUGGAAUGCAAUAUCAGAGCGUGAUCGUCUUGAAAUCUAUGAAGAUGUCCUAUUCUUUCUAUCAAAAAAAGAAAAAGAACAAGCCAAGCAGUUAAGGAAGAGGAACUGGGAGGCAUUAAAAAAUAUCCUGGACAAUAUGGCUAAUGUUACAUACUGUACUACAUGGUCAGAGGCUCAGCAAUAUCUGAUGGAUAAUCCUACAUUUGCAGAGGAUGAAGAACUUCAAAAUAUGGAUAAGGAGGAUGCAUUGAUUUGUUUUGAGGAACACAUAAGGGCUCUGGAAAAGGAGGAGGAGGAAGAGAAACAGAAAGGCUUACUCAGGGAAAGACGAAGACAGCGUAAAAACAGAGAAUCUUUCCAGAUAUUUUUGGAUGAAUUGCACGAACAUGGCCAGUUGCAUUCAAUGUCAUCAUGGAUGGAGUUAUAUCCAACUAUAAGUUCUGACAUUAGGUUUACUAACAUGCUUGGUCAGCCUGGCUCAACUGCUCUUGAUCUUUUCAAGUUUUAUGUUGAAGAUCUAAAAGCACGCUACCAUGAUGAAAAAAAAAUAAUAAAAGACAUCUUAAAGGAUAAAGGAUUUGUGGUUGAAGUGAAUACAACAUUUGAAGAUUUUGUCACAGUCAUCAGUUCAACUAAAAGAGCUACGACAUUAGAUGCUGGAAAUAUCAAACUGGCUUUCAAUAGUCUGUUGGAAAAGGCAGAAGCCCGUGAACGCGAGAGAGAGAAAGAAGAAGCUCGCAAAAUGAAACGGAAAGAGUCUGCCUUUAAGAGCAUGCUAAAACAAGCCACACCUCCAAUUGAACUGGAUGCAGUAUGGGAAGAUAUUCGAGAAAGAUUUGUGAAAGAACCAGCAUUUGAAGACAUCACUCUAGAAUCAGAAAGAAAAAGAAUAUUUAAAGACUUCAUUUAUUUACUAGAGCAUGAGUGUCAGCAUCAUCAUUCAAAGAACAAGAAGCAUUCUAAAAAAUCAAAAAAGCAUCACAGAAAGCGGUCCCGCUCUCGUUCGGGUUCAGAAUCUGAGGAUGAUGACAGUCAUUCCAAAAAAAAGAGGCAGCGCUCAGACUCACGAUCAGUUUCUGAACGUUCUUCCAGUGCAGAAUCUGAAAGAAGCUACAAGAAGUCUAAGAAACACAAAAAGAAGAGCAAAAAGAGGAGGCACAAGUCUGAUUCACCAGAAUCAGAUGCAGAUCGAGAAAGAGACAAAAAAGAGAGAGAGAAUGAAAAGGAAAGAAGUAGACAAAGAUCUGAAUCUAAGCAUAAAUCACCUCCUAAAAAGAGACCUGGCAAAGAUUCUGGCGCUUGGGAUACUUCUGGUAGUGAAUUAAGUGAAGGUGAAUUAGAAAAACAAAGGAGAACCCUCUUGGAACAACUGGAUGAAGAUCAAUAAGAAAUAUUUAUACCAAAUAUGUUUACAUUACAAUUUAAUAAAAAUAUAGAUGACUAAUUUCAGGAAAUGGAUUCUGAUGUUCUGAGUUCCAUUGGCAUAACAAUGGCUUUUCAGUUCUACUGUAUAAGUAUCUCAAAUAUCAUCGUGUGCCUGGCAACAAUUGGCAGAGACUGUGAACAGUCAGAAAUCAAGCUGAAGUUCUGUUUUUUGAGAAGCCAGGCAGCCUGUAUAUACCCCUUGCACCUUGACAUUUUUCAGAGAGCACAUUAGGAUGAGCAGAAGCUCUUUAUUUUUUGAGCCCCUCCAAUGGUGGCUUGGGAAAGUGCUUGAGCCUUUCAUGUCUCUUGUGUCUAUAAAACAGCUCUUGUGAGAAAGGCCUGAACUUGUUUUCCUUGUCAAAUAAGGUCUAAGGGUGAGGGUGGGAAAGAGGUGCACAUGUUCUCUUUCGAUAGAUGCUCUAUAAUUUUCCUGCAGCUCCACAUGGUUUUUUUUUACUACUUUUUUUCCAAAAUGAGGGAAGGAGGAGAGAAGGAAAUAUUUUUCUUGAUUUAUGGUAGUCCAGAAACCUGUGUUGGGUUUUGGCGCAUUACCUUGCUGGCCAAACUUAUGUUGUUGGUGGUUUCUAUUGAAUUUUGACUUUAGGUUGAAAUGUGUAUUCACCCUGAAGUGAAUUUUUAGUGUCAAGUUUUAAAACUGUGAAAAAUAGAUGAUUGAUGGAAAUCCUAAUAGGCCCUUAAUUAUAAAGGCGCUAAGAUAUGCUGAUGUAAUAACAUAGCUACCAUUUUUAUUAGAGGAGAAAACCUGGUAUAUUAAUAAAAUAAAUUUGGCAGAGGGCAUUGCUACAGAAUAUUGCAAAAUCAGUCUGUAAAUUAAUUGCAAUAUGUUGCCUUAAGGACUUUCCGAAGAAUGUACCACCAAAUUUUGAAAAGCACUUGCAAUACUGUCUUGUCUAGAAAAUCAAUGUUGACAUAAUUUUCUUUUGAGACAUGUUGACCUGAUGUAAAAAGCCUGGUCUCCUUUUAUGUUGAUUUUUCCUUUAUACUAAAUUGCUUAUGACCAGUCUUGAUUUGAUGAGUACUAUCUGCCCUAUACAUUCAGGCAUAUUGACUACUGUGGUACAGACUCAAAAAUCUUUCUGAUUUGAAUAUUUUUGUACAUUUUUAUCACUUAUUAAACCUUGUCUUCUAGCGUGUA